AUGAAGGAGGAGUUGACCAUGAUAGAGAAAAAUGGCACUUGGGGGCUGGUUGACAAACCUGCAAGCAUGAAGGCUCCUAGAGCCUGGUAUAGCAGGAUUAAUGAGUAUUUAUGUAGCCUGGAUUAUAUUAGGAGCCCAAAUGAGCACACUCUCCAUGUAAGAAAGCAAAAUGGUAAGAUGAUCAUUGUUUCUCUUUAUGCUAAUGAUCUGUUGGUAAUUAGAAGUAAUGCUAACCAACUAAUGAAGUUAAAAAAUGCAACACAAAUGGAGUUUGAUAUGACAGACUUAGGAGAAAUUAGUUAUUUCCUUGGUGUGGAGGUACAUCAAGCUCCAAAUGGCAUAUUUGUGUGUCAAAGGAAGUAUGCUUAUGAAGUCUUAAAGAAAUUCAGCAUGGAUAACUGCAAGCCAUUGGAUACUCCAUUGGUUCAAAGCCAAAAGCUAUGCAGAGAAGAUAGAUGA